AUGGCAGAUGGCACCAGACCCAGGUCCAGCAAUUGCUCUCAGACCUACGCGAUACAUCAUCCACCUCUUGUCCUCGAGACUCUGCGACUGCCCGCAAGAGAGUCCGCAGCAUCCCUUGAUCUAAGCUGUAGUCUGCCGACUGUCUCGAGGACCAAGAAUGCAAACGAAGCGCGAGCGGUGAGAGUUGUUCCUGACUUCGAUAAAGAAGGGCACCUUUCUCAGCCGUUGGAAGGAGCAGAGCUGGAAAAUGAGUACGAAACUGGGCUGGAAAACAGAGAACAUGCAAUGGUUGAGCCGAGAACUCCUGAGGCAAAAAGCAGACAUAAAUCAUUCACAUCUUCUCCAAACGGAUCAGCGACUCCACGACCGACUCAGCAUCCCAUCACCACCCCUCGAUCCAUACCAAGAAGUCCAGUGGGCAACAAGACACCACCACGACAAGACUCUUCCUACUUCUCGAACCAAGAGCACAGCGAUGAUGAUAAUUCAAUGGCAGGCUCCAAUCUCGGGGUACGGAGAAUGAGAAAUCGACAUGAGAUAUCCCUUCUUCGCGAUAAAGUCCAGCGGACGCGGCGCAUGGUAAGAGGCCGCAGAGAUAAAUUGUCGGUGUUGCGAGAGAAUUUCCGAGACGCUGCAGACGUGUUGAUGAGACGUGUCAACCGGACCGUGGCUUUUGGGUCCAUUGAAAAAGAGCUAGGACCCGACCUUGAGCAGCUGCGGAAAGCGCAAGACGCGCUUGGACUAGCAGAAAACGAGUACGAUGAUUUUGAAAGGCAACUUGAACAGGAGGAACGACAAUUGGAAAAUGAAGAAAUCUUUUUCUAUGAUGCUCGAAGCUCAUCUCCAUCGGAAUCGGGUAUGGACGUGGAGUCCUCCUUAGGCCAAUAUGUUCCACGAGAAACGGAGUCGCCAUUUCCUAAUUCGGACGAUGAGGAGUCGGAACAUGAUCCUGUGCAAGAAUAUUUACGAAAGAUGGCAGAGGCGCAUUACACAAGAGAAGACUUAGAUGCGCUUGAAGAAGACGCGUAUCGUUUCUCCACAGAUGUCGAGUUCCGUGACAAGCACGACGUCUGGCUACCCGAAGAAGCAACGAGUUUUCUUUCCGAUUACCCCAAAAGACAUGUUGAAAUUGAGUCGAGUUUGCAAAAAGUUGAAGCUGAGCUGUUCGCACUACGCACGCUAUGUAUCAAAGACGGUUUGUUUGCUGAGGAUGAACACGUUUAUCAACCACACGACGCACUGCUCGAGGAUGUAUGGGAUUCAAUAUACGACGCCGAAGACCGCUCGCCGCUUCGUCUGGCAUCGUCUCAGGUCUUACUCAAGGAGAAAGAAAUCAAUUAUGAAGACAAGAGAAUUUUUGUGAACCAUUGGAUACUUAAAUGGGUACAGGAUUCAACUUAUGAAUGCCUGCUUCUAAAAUCUUGGAUCUUCUCAACAUGUCUAGAACGAUUAGGAAGCGACGAGGGGCUUGAACACAACUGGGCGAGACUCGCACUAGAAAACUGGGAUCUGGACGAGGCAGGAUCACACGCAGACGUAUUCAACAGUGCCAGUAUGCUAGACGUGAUCGCUGGAGAGACGAGGAGAAUCAACGCGAGUAUUGGGAUAUCCGACUUUUCUGGGUCUUCUUGGAGAAGUUCAGAUAUCGAUCUUGAUGACAAUCCGAAAUUGCAGCAACCUCCUGCAAGCAGCGAAAAUGGGUCAUUCCAUACCAAAGAAACCUCCGUUUUAAGUGAGGGAAAGAAGCUAACGAGGUCUGCGAGCCUGUAG